GUUCCAGAAGAGUGCCACGAGUAACCCCGAGCGUCGCCACGCGUCCGUGGUGCUGGCGUACGUGUCGUGCUGUUCAUCUGUUGUCAGGUUCUGGUCGUUUCCUCGUCUAUCUGUUCCGCGGGCGACUGCUGCUGCCUCUCGGCCUUCAAAGUUGGACUACACUUGCAGCUUGCUCGUGUUUCCCCUUGCCGUACUUAUCGUUCUGUCCGUACUAAACACUGCUGCUGUAGCUUGCACCAAGUAUAUUUCUCAAGAUCACCAUAGCUUUAGCUAGAACAGGAGAGAAGGAGGAGCAAAGAUGAGCACCCACGAGGCACGCAAGUUCGUGGACGAGGUGCGUGGCCUGGAGAAGAACUGGAUGCUCGACCUCGGCCAUCCCCUCCUCAACCGCGUUGCCGACAGCUUCGCCAAGGCUGCCGGGAUCGGCGCGAUCCAGGCCGUCACACGGGACUCCUACUUUAUGGCCGUCGAAGGUGAGUCGGGGGGCACCGGGGCGGUGUCGGACGCCACCGGCACCAGGAAACGAACGUUCGGGGACAUCAAAGCAGGGACGAACAACAGCAAGUCAGCCGAGGACAUGGUGAAAAGCGUGAGCAAAGAGUCGUUCCAGUGGGGGCUUGCCGCUGGGAUGCACUCUGGCCUGACCUACGGCCUCAAAGAGGUGCGCGGGACACACGACUGGAAGAACAGCGCGGUGGCCGGCGCCGUGACCGGCGCGGCGGUCGCGCUGACCUCGGAGAACGCCUCUCACGAGCAGAUCGUCCAGUGCGCCAUCACCGGCGCCGCGCUGUCCGCGGCCGCCAACGUGCUCUCGGAUAUACUUUGAGCCACCUGGCGAUGGCCCGGCGACUGAUGGAACUGAUUUAGGUCUAGCUGAUGCAGUGUCAAUGUCAGUGUUCCAUUCUCCGUGUAGCCACUUCCAAUAAUAAUUACUGUAAUCGUACAAGUACGCUUCGCCUCUAUAGCCCAAAUGCUAUGUCACGUAUUUUGCUCAGCGA